AUGUCAUACAGACUGAAAGUGAUGACAUCAUCAUGAAACAGAAAGGGCGUCAAUUACGUGUAGGUGAAGCAGUUUCAACUUCCAGUGGCAGCCUACCAUGCAAGAAGGUGAUCCAUGUUGCUGGACCCAAAUGGCAAACUUUGGAAAGGACAAACGGUGGUGCCGUCACAACAGAAGAGCAUCAGCUGUUUGAUGCUGUUUUAAACUGCCUCCUGCUUGCAUCUGAACUAAAUUUUCAGUCCAUUGCAAUACCUGCAAUAAGCACAGGAGUGAACGGCUUUCCUGUUCAGCUUGCUGCAGAGCAAUUCUUGGAUGCAGUGGGUCAAUUUGUUUGGACAACACAAUAUUCUAGCAUCACAGAUAUAAACCUGACCAACCAUGAUCAGACAACUUGUGCUGUUUUCAAACAAGCUGUUGCGACCAGAUUUUCUAGCGCUCUGGAUGACCAAGCUGCAGACACUGAUUUUGAUUCUACCUUUGCUGCACCGGACAUUUUGGCCGGGAAAGUUAGCGCUGCUAUGUACAAAGUUGUUAAAAAAGACAAGAAAGAAACAAAGCUUGGAGGAACUGUCAUUCUACAGCUCAGUGCCAUGGAUAUGAAAUCCCUGGUGAAGGCUUCAGACAAACUAGAUACAUUUCAAGAUGAGGAGUUUCUUAUUGAGGAUUUUCCAGAUUUGAAUGGAAGGAUUGACAAAAUGACAUCGAAACACAAAUCUGAGAUUAUACAAAUUGAACGGAAAUGUGAUGUUUGUGUGACCGUGUGUCGCGAACGCCGAGGCAAAAUCAUCCGUGUGGAGGGAUGUAAAUUCAACGUCAAGGAUGCCUCACUGGACAUUUUAAAGAUGUUUACAAGAAUUCAAAAGGAGGAGACUGAGAAGCAACUAAAGAUCAAAGACCUCGCUAAAGAAGUCAAAUGGAAGUACAGCACUUCAUCAGGCAUGGCAGACUAUGAUGAAGGAUUAAAUGCCCUCAUAGAGGAUGCUUACCAGAAGAAAAAUCCAACUAUCACAUUUGAUAUGGAAGACGGAAGAGCAGUCAUUGACUUCCAACAGAUGCAGGGAAGAUGUAAACGAAGCGUUCUAAAUGUCCAUCGUGUCGACCUGAAAAGUGCUGCCAGAUUUGAGCCACCAAGUAACUGGACACUAAUGGAACAAAGGGAGUUUACCAAAAUGGUAAAGCUGAGUGCGGGAUCUACCGAGUACACAGCUGUAGAAACCAAGUUUCGGGCAUCUGUGGGUUCUGCUGUCACAAUUAUUAAGAUAGAGAGAAUUCAAAAUCGCGAUUUGAUGAUGACGUAUCAAGCCCGUAGAGCAGCACUAGUGUAUCGUCUGAAUAGAACUACAGUUGAAAAUGUUCUCUACCAUGGAACAGAUGAGCAAACCUCGAAACAAAUCAGAAGUCAUGGUUUCAACCGCAGUUUUUGUGGGAAGAAUGCGUCUGUUUACGGAAUUGGCACCUAUUUCGCUGUCUCAGCAAGCUACUCUGCACAAGCUCAAUAUGCUAAACCAGAUGCAAAUGGCACAAAGCAUGUAUUCGUGACAAAAGUUCUCGUUGGAGAUUUCGUCAGAGGCAGCCAAGGAAUGAUCACUCCACCUCCCAAACCACAGAGUCCUGGUGAAAUGUUUGACAGUGUUGUAGACAACAUGAAUUCUCCAGGCAUAUAUGUUAUAUUUCAUGAUGCACAGGCAUACCCAGAGUAUCUCAUCAAAUUCCAGUAACAAAGAACCCAGUUGCAUAACCUAAAUUCAGGCUUUUUCAUAAAUUUUCCCUCAUUUUAGAAAUUUUCCAGGUUAUGACUUCAUGAAAAAUGCGAUGAUGAAACAAAACAACAUGACUUUUAAAAUACCAAGUACUGUUUAUGCUUGGUUUUAAAGUUUGUAAACCUGUAAAUAAAGCAAUCAUGUGUGUAUGGGUAAAACAAAACAAAAUUCAUAUUCUUCACUCCCGAGAUGCAAAUUAAACAUCUAUUAUAAAGCAAUCAUGUUGUUUCAUUGAUGGAUGCUUCAUUAAUGAGCAGAUACUAAUCUUUGUAUAAUGACAAUCUCUGUAGUUUAAAGGCAGUGGACACUAUUGAUAAUUACUCAAACUAAUUAUCAUCAUAAAACCUGUCUUGAUUACGAGU